CACGGCAGGAAGCAUCAGGGCAUAUAUAGGUGAAGGCAGGAGCUGGUGGGGCAUCAGACACUAAUACUGAGCAGUCAUGAAGUUGCUGUGGCUGUGCGUGUUGGCCGCUCCGGUAUUGGCACUUGGGCCCGGAGGUCGAAACCUGGGCGGGGCCACUACUGCUGGCCUGGGAGGAUUCCAGACCCACGGGACUGGAGCAAACCUUGGAGGAUUGACGACUGGCUUCGGGGGACAGACAAGCGGCAUUAAUACAGGAACGAAAGGUCUUGGUGGAAACCUCGCUGGGCUGCAAGGCACAGGCCUCCUCACAGGACAAGGUGUGGCUGUUGGAGCACAGACGGGGCUAGCUGGUCUCACUGGAGGACAGACAGGCCUUAUUGGACAGACAGGACUUGGUGGUCUAGCUGGAGGACAGAAGGGGCUCGGUAGUCUUGUUGGAGGACAGACAGGUCUUAGCGGUUUCGUUGGAGGACAUACAGGCCUUGGUGGUCUAGCUGGAGGACAUACAGGCCUUGGCGGUCUAGCUGGAGGGCAUACAGGUCUUGGUGGUCUAGCUGGAGGACAUACAGGGCUUGGCGGUCUAGCUGGCGGGCAUGGUGUUGCUCUUGGAGGACAGAAGGGGUUGAGUGGUUUCGCUGCAGGCCAGGACACCAUUCUCGGCGGGGGUGGCUUCACUGGACUAAAUGCAGGCCUCGGUGUAGGACAGGGCGUGUCUGUCAUUGCAGGGCAGGGUACUAGCCUUGCUGGAGGACUCGGACAUGGCUUCAUAGGACAACAGGGAGUUGGUCUUGUUGGAGGAAAGGGUACUCUUGGCACAGGCUCUGUAGUGGCACCAGCCAAUGGUUUUGUCGGAGUACAAGGGCCUGUGCAGGUGGGAGGUGGCCUGGCUGUAGGAAAUGCAGGCUUUCUGGGGGGCGGUCAUGAUGUGUCUGUCGCAGGAUUCGGCACUGGCAUCGCUGGAAGCACUGGUGGCUUGCUGAAGCAAGGAAAUGUUGACGUGAGUCAGGCGCAGUCACUUGGUGCAACUCACGGCUUCGUUACAGGCCAUUCCGGCUUUACUGGCGCUCAGGGCGUGGGGAACGGCGCCGUGGCUGUGACCGGGGGCCAGGCUAGCAUCGUUGGAGGACAAAACAUCGGCCUGAUCAGUGGUCAGGACAUCAGGUUCUCCACUAACCAGGGCCCCGCUCUGGUCAGCCACAAGAAUAUCCAUAAUGACGUCAUUGGCGUCCACAAUGUUGGUCUCGGCAGGAAGAAGAUUGACUUCGAUGGCGGCCAUAUUGUGGACGGCGGCCGCCAUGGGAAGGGAGCCAUCACCGUGGUGAAGGACGGCCUGAACGGCGGCCAUGUUGUGGACGACGUCCUCGACGGGAGGAAAAACAUCGACAUCACGGUGUCCAAGGGAGGCCUUGCAGGCGGGCGAGGCGUGUCCCUCCCGUCCGGCAAGAAACACUUCAUCCACGACGACAACCUGAACCAUCACGGCCACGUCCUCCACGGUGGCCGGGGCGGCGUGACCGUCAUCAGGAGCAAGGACGGCCUGGGCGCCUUUGAUGACCUGCACGGCCUGGAUGUGGGCAGCCGCGACGUGACCAUCGUGCGGGGCAAGGGGCGGCACCACGGCAGCCUGGAUGUGGUGAGGGGAGGCUUCGGGACAGGCCUGCGCAGCCGAGUGGUGCCCGCCAAAGGUGUUCGCGUGACAUCCAACCUGAGGAGCCGCCACGGCCUAACCCAGAUCCACCCCAGCAGCGGCAGAUCGCGGAUCAGCUUUAGCCUGGGUCACGGGGGUCACCGGAGCCCCAAACUUGGGAAGAGCGCCAUCAUUCUUAACUGAGUAUUCACAGCACCCGCUCUGCCCGCCCGCCGCGCCAUGCCCACGGGACCCUCUACCUCACACACGCCCACACCGCACCCAAGCACACUCCUGAAGCAUGACGUCCUCCCCGAGGGGCAGGGCCGAGGGCAAGGCGCGGACACUGUGUAGGAAAAGUUGCUCAUUCACGUCCAGUCCACGAAGACUCACAACUUGAAGUCAUCAGAUGUUGAAGGUUUUUGUAUUUAUGUGUACGUACAAAACACGAAUUAUUAAUAUAUACAUUUGGAUAUAAACUGGAAAUAAAUAAUUUAACGAUAAA